AAUUAGUAAACAGCAGCGAAUCGACAGCACCGACGAAGCUAUGACAGGGUACACAGUUUUUAGGAGGCUCUUUUGCAAAUUGGCUGUGAAACGACGAACAACACGCCCUGCGCUACAUACUAGGAAAUUCAGAAAAAAUCUAACCUUAUUAGUAAAAGUAUCAUAAAAAAGUUUUGUUUCUUAAAAAAUAAAAAAUCUAACAUUUAUUCAGUUGAAAGCUGGUGAAAAUCUUAACGUAUUUUGAAAACGUUCAGUCAUUGGCGGCACAACGAACUGUAUGAGUGACAAAAAAUUAAAAAUAAACUGUAAUUCAAUUAAAUGCAUAGAUUACCUAAUAAAUAAAAAAAAAUUAUAACUUUCAAACAACCACAGUCGAAGUUAAGUUGGUAACUCGUGUCAAACAUCUAUUAGUAUAUAAUAAAAUAAGCAAGUGUUAGUAAUACAUCAGAUGUGAAAACCCACAUAACAUAGGAAACCACAGUAACAACACAACAACAAUAUAUUAUAAAAAGAGCAAAAGACAAAAAAUAACAAACUGUAACGGCAGCCACGCUGCGAACGCUCUGUCGCGCCGCAGUGUUUGUUAUCCAGUUGUCAAACCCACCUGCGAGUGAAUGCUCAAACAUCGAGUCUAACUAUAGCACAAAUCACGCUAAAAAUAGCCCAAACAUUGACAGCAGCGCUAAGAUACGCCAAGGAAUCCACUGGCUUACACUUAAACCUAUCAGUACGUACAUAGAAGGUAUUUAAAACACAAAGUUGCGCACUGGCAGGCAGUGGAACUUCAAACUAUAAGCGCUGCAUUUGAAACGACGCUCAUUUGCGCUCUAUGGCUAGCUGUUGCUGGACGCUUGCUGAAGAUAGGUACCACGGCUAUUAUUGUGGACUGUGUCGUAGGCAAAAACAGGUCCAAAAAUAGUCACUCGCGUGUUAAACACUAAUGCCGAGCAGCAACACCAACACACAACAAACGGAAAAGGUGAAAAAAAUACUGCACAAUCAGCAGCAAACAACAACAUUCCCUGCAAUUGAACAUAGAUUCAUUUGUAAAGUGGACACAGCUUCAAAAAAACAAAAACAACUAUUUUAAUAACAAGCAGCGGUGCAUGGGAAAAAUAGUCAACAUUGUAACCGACUAGAAGACUCCAAAGCACCUCGCGUACGAGCGCUUGGACCAGAGCGAUGUUGAGCUCACACCGAAACAGUGCGAACCGCGCACCACAACACCGCAAACGCCAAUAAACAGUAAAUGAAGCAUUGGAUUAAUCGGUGGCGUUACCGUUAGUCACAUAAGUAAAAAUUAUAAAAGUAAAAUAAAAAUUAAUUUAAAAAAUUAUAGCAAUUUUGUUUAAUAAGAAAUUUGCAAAACGUAAAAAAUUAUAAAUAUAUGUCUUAAAUUGCUAGUGAUGUGCAACUUGUUUACGUAAAACAUAAAUUCGGUUAAUAUCGUAACUCAGUUAUCUCAAAACAAAAAAGUUCCUGAAAAGGUGAUUUUGGUGAAAACAAGCGAAUCAUAACAUUUAAGCUUUGAAGCAGAACUGCAAAAUAUUAGUGUACUAGCUAAUAAAUAUAACAAAGCUUCAGAAAAUUUCGGCAAAAUCUGUUGCUGUCAGCGUGGGAGACGUCAGUUUGUUUAUUUGUGUCCACAGGCAUAUAAUGUUUAGAAAUCGCUUAAGUACUCAUAUACGUAGCGGUCAGACAACAACAAUCACACAAACCCAAUAACCCCAGAAAAAAUGGCAGUUUCGCAACAUACGUAUUCUUAAAAAAGAUCCACUGAAAUAGCUCUAAACUCGAUGGUAGUAAAUAUUGAAAAAUCCCGGAGAUCUGUCCAAAGAGGUAUACCUCAAGGAGGAGCGUUAUCUCCACUCUUUGGAUCUUAACAAUAAAUAAAAUGUUGUUAGAUCUAGAAAAGGAGGUUGUACAUGUUGUGGCCAACGCUGACGAUGUGGCGGUUUCAGUUAAAGAUGAUGUUUCCAAAACACACCGUAAAUUUUCCAAACCUGUUGUGCCUUAGUUUAGUCGUUAUCAGUUUUGUAUUUUGUGUGGAACUAUCGCCGCACUGUACAGAAGCUCUACCCUUACUUCCCGGUGGCAGUAAUGAUGUGGAGUUUAAACGCUACUGUAGUACUAAUCUCUCAGAUGCCAUCCGUCUCAUAUGCGGGGGACGCUACUACUCACUAUCCCGAAAAUUUCCCGAUAGUGUUGGCAUGGGGCACGUGUCCAGCCUGAAGCGGUUAGCCGGCGAGGAAGGUGAAUAUCGACAACCUUUUCAAGGUGCAAUACACGAGUGCUGUCGGCGUCCGUGCGGGUAUCCGGAGCUCAAAUCAUAUUGUGAACCCGAUAACUGAUCUUCAAUGAUAUGCUACACGCGAAAUUUCAUUAAUUUACAUACAUAUGUAUUAGCUAUAACCUCAUGCACUUGAAUCAUACGAAUUUGUUUUAACGUCUUUAUAGUAAUUAAAUUAAAAUCAAUUAGCUUAGUUUAAGAAUUAAAUGUCUCGGAUAUUAUAUGUAUAUUGCUAUAUAAUAUAGUAUAUGUAUGUAUACAUAAGCGCAUUGUGUGGUAGUCUGAGUAGUGAAAACAGGAGAAUUUAAAGGUUGAUAUUGCGACCCAUGUGAUAUAAGUACGUGAAGUUAAAUUAUUUUUAUAAAACAAUGAUGAAAACAACAAAGCAGUCAGCAGCAAUUUACGAACUGGAGAGAUGCUAGCCCAAGAAAAAGUUUGAAAGAGUGGACCAGAUCGUUUUAUUAUUCCAGUAAAGCUGCCAAUUUGCUGUACUUUGUAUUUGUAUGUCCAUAUAUGCAUGUAAACAUAUUUAUAUGUGUAUAUAUGUAUAUUAAAAAACGUGGCUUGUGCUGUUUACAAAUUUUAUAUUAGGAGUAUUUGUUGAAAUUAUUGAAUAAAUUAUUUGUUUUGUUUUAUUGCUACUAAAAUGCAUUAUUUCUAGUUAAAUUGAAUUUAGUUAAAUUGACGCACAGAAACAACGGAAUUUAUUGAUAGUUAAAUCAUUUAUCGUUUAUAAUUUAAUAUAAUAUAAAUUGCUCGCUAUUAAACUUUGUAUGUAAUAUCUGCAAAUAUAUAAUUUAUAUAAAAACAGAACCGUACUAAUGACUAAUAAAAAAAAAAAUAAUGUAAUUCAAGCAAAUUGAUUUUGUUUCCUUCGAACUUGAACACGUAUUUGAUUUCCGAGAACAAAAAAUGUCGGACGGGACCAAAUCUGAUGAAUAAGUUUUCUGAACGAUGAACAUUCUUUCAAACUAUAAUGCAUAAGCGAGGUGAAAAAUUCCUGAAUUGUUUGUGUUGAGUCCAUCCACAAAAGUAAUUGAGCGCCUCUAUCCCACUCAUUCUAAUAUGGUGGUCUUCGCACAAAAUUAUUUUGACAUUUCGACGUAAGCCUAAGAAGAAGGACAACUGGCAUAAGAAAUCGAAUCAACGAUCAAUUAUAAGAGUAGACCCCCUGAAAUACGCACAUGUCAUAUUCUAAUUCCUCUUAAACUUAUGCCGCAACUAGUAACCGACGUGCCGCCAUUCCGUACUUACCGUACGUAUCAAACGAAAUUUGUCAAAGUUUCUCAGUAGUGACAACGUAGAAUUAGUUGUUCAUUGCUGACUUUUUAUAGAUGGUUUUGCACACAUUUAGCUUUUCAGUUUUAAUUUUUCUUAAUGUAAAAUAUCAAAACUAAAA